CAAUAUUCGGCAAAGAUGCGGCAGCGAUGCCCACGGAGACCAACAGAUGAGAAAUAAAAGGUUGUUUGAUUUAAUGAAGUUUGGUAAAGUAGAAUAGAAGCUGAACCACCAACGAACACACCCCAAACCCUCCUUCCAGAACUUUCAUGUCCAUCUUGCCCUCACAAACCCAAGCGUCAUCUUCGUCUUCUUCAUCAGCGCCGUCUCCUAACCCUAAUCCCCAACAUGGCAUCGGAAGCCCUCUUCCUCAACAACCCUUCCCUUACCUCUCACCCCCACUCCACCACGCGCUCGGAUCUCUCCAGAUCUCCAGUAUCGCAGGUUCUUCGACUCAAGCUACUGAAGAUUCUGGUGGAUCUUCCGAAAAGGUGACAGAAUUAGGGUCUCCAAGUGGAUUGACGGUUUCACCUCAGCAAAACUCUAGAACACGUUCUAGGAUUCACGGAGGAAGACGGGCAGGAAUGGUUUCUUCUCAUAGAAACCAACAAGCUCCUGGGUCCGUGGGUUCUCAUGGAAGUACCCCUUUGGCAGGGAGGAAAGCUCAAACUGUGAACGGAAAUUACUUGCUGAAUUUUCAAUAUGACCCAAUAUCCCGUUCUCAACCCCGGGGUCCCCCUCCCCCCCCUGCAGCAAGAAGGCAUUGGAAGAGGAAGCCAUACAAUAAAGAUUUGUUUUUGCAGGCAAAUUACAAGUUCAUGGUGUUAGAUUCGGGAAAUUAUUCUCCUGAGUCGAUGGAUCCUGAUAAAAUGUUGCAGUGGGAAGACAUUAUAUGUGUGACAUAUUUGACCCCCUUCUCAGUUCAGUGUCCAAUUUGUUUGGAGUAUCCACUGUGUCCGCAGAUAACCUCAUGUGGACAUAUUUUCUGUUUCCCAUGUAUUCUACAGUACUUAAUGAUGGGUGAAGAGGAUCACAAAGGUGAUAUCUGGAAAAGGUGUCCUCUGUGCUUUGUCAUGACAUCUGCCAAGGAUUUAUAUACAGUUCACAUCACAAAUGUCAAACAGUAUCAAGUAGGAGAAAAUGUUGAGUUCACCUUUUUAACUCGGAAAAAGGACUCAUUUACUCUGACAAGUAAAAUUAAACAAGAGACAAAUAUCAUAUCAUUUGGUAAUGGACACUUCUGUGAUCCCUUUUCAAAGUUUACUCUUACAUCAGAUGUAGAUCUCUCAGUGAGGCAUUCAAUAUCUGAUCUAGAUGGUUGGCUGGCCAGAGCAGAUUCUGGUCUUGUUGAUGACCUGGAGAAGCUUCCUUAUGUUUGUGCUGCAAUGCAGCAACUGGAACAGAGGAAGCGGCAUUGGAAUGAGCAAAAGUCUCAUGACAGUGAAAGUUCUAAGCCCAUUGAUCAUGCACAUCAGAUACAAUCCAUGGUCGCAAAUUCUAUGGAUACUGAUGAUGAAAACUGUUCUAAUGGGUCAAAAACUUCCUCUACUGAUUACAGUGACCAAAUUAAGGUUUCGAUUCUGGAAAAGUCAACUGCUGGAGCCUGUUCUAACCAAACUUUGAAUGAGGAGAAAGAAUUAAUAGAGCAACAAAUGAAUUUAUGUUCUUCAUAUGAGGAGAAGAAUAGUAUUCAAAGGCCAGCAGAUGAUGGUGUUGUUGAAGAAAUGAAGGGAAAUGAUUCAUAUAGUUUUUACCAGGCUGCUGACGGUCAGCAUCUAAUUCUUCAUCCGAUGAACAUGAAGUGUUUGCUCCACCAUUUUGGGAGCUAUGAUAUGCUUCCACACAGAAUAAAUGGAAGGAUUCUACAAUUGGAGACAGUUACUCAGUCUGAGGCCAUGAGGAGGCGAUAUCGAUUCCUAAGUCAUUUUCCGUUAACCACAACAUUUCAGCUUUGUGAAGUUGAUUUGAGUGAGUUGUUACCUCCUGAAGCACUGGCUCCAUUUAUGGAUGAAAUAAAGAAACGUGCAAAUCAGAGAAAACAACUUGCAAAAAAGGAACGGCAGGAAAAAAUAAGGGCUGAAGCUACAGGUACUUAUACGCUUCCCAUAUCAUUCAGUAGUCAGCUUACAUCUCAUGAUGAUCCUCCAGCAUUCUCCAUGGAUGACUUUGAAGCUCUAGGAAAUUCAACUGUUUCCUCAAGUCCUCCCGUAGCUGGGGAGAGAAAAUCGUUCUCGAAUGUCACGAGACUUGGGUUUGCUGCUGCUCAUGAUUCUCCAUCCUUGCAAAUUCAAGAAACUAGUGGUCUACACAAUAACAAUACGACAAUUGAUUCUUCUGCCCCAACAGGUUCGAGAAACGGGGAGACACAGUCAUACUCCAAUGUUAUAUCAAGAGCAGAAUCAAAUAUAAGCUCGAAUGCACCAAAGACUAAUGAGUUGGGGAAGAAAGGUAAAAAGCAAAAUCGAGUUCUUCUAUCAACAGCUGGAGGUAGACGUUAUUGAUUACUCGGUCAGAUGAUUCCCAACCUCCCACCUAAGCCAUACUAUUUUCCAGAUGAUUUCAUUGUAGAAUUGUUAACCUUCUAUGCAGUCACUUGUACUUGAGGCUCCUCUAAUUCAGCUUUUAGUUGUAGAUAGGUAGACAUGUGUGAAGAGAAUAAAUGUUUUCAACCAUAAACAAGCCAUGACAGUUGCAAGUUUAGUAUAUUGUUUCUAUGGCUCUGCAGAACUACGCCGUCUUUGCAGAUAUGUUAAUUGAAUUCAGUCUCAAUAAUGAGCACUCCUAAAAAAAAUAGCAAUGUUAUAAAAGCA